AUGCCUUCGUUAUCUCAGGGAUUCGAUGACUUUAACGGGCGGUAUCAUGAUCCGGCGGGAUACUCCCAGAUGCAACAGCACAGACCACCAGAAUACUUGGUUGGGCCCAGCGGUAUGCCACAGUAUCCAGAUGUACCUACGCCAUAUCCAGGACAGACUCUUACUAGCCAGCAAUUCGACUCAUACCAAACCAGCUCCAGUCUACCGUCAAUCAGAGAAAUGCCAGGUCGCAGAGAGGGUGCGGGGACAGGCCACGGCAACAAUGGCAACGUACGCGCGUCUUAUUAUCAAAACGAAAGUCUUGGUCAUUACCCUGGUUUGACGCCCGAUGCUGAGCAUGGCGCAUAUCCAUCAAGACGCCCAUCGCUUUAUGACCACAAUUCCCAAAGUCACACAUCUUACCCAGCGCUUGGGUCUAGGCACAUGACGCCAGGUGGAGACUUCUCCAGAUACGGUCAGCCUACGUACGAUACCGCAGGUCGUGCAUAUCCCUCUCCAUAUGGAGAGGUGGAUUACUCGACGCAAUCCUUGAGCGGUCCCCAGCAACCUAACUUUGGCGUACUAGGUGAUGCGAAUGAUCCUCGCAGUAAGAGGAGAAGGGGUAAUUUGCCCAAAGAGGUUACUGAUAUCUUGAGAGCGUGGUUCCACGACCAUCUAGACCAUCCUUACCCUACGGAGGAAGACAAGCAAAUGUUCAUUGCUAGGACUGGACUAUCGAUCAGCCAGGUAAAGCACCACACAUGA